AUGAGGCGGCGCCUGCAGCGGCGCAUUCUCAGCCCCCGCACGUCGAUGCGUUUCUUUGACAGCGAUGACCGCUUCGGCAAGGAGCUCGGCUUUGGACACAAAAUGCGCGAUAUCCCGGUACUGACCGGCAACCCUCGUCCAGUCGCUCGCGAAGAAUCGUGGCGGUGCGCUUACAAGCUGAGUGACCGUAUGGAGUUUGUGAUACGUGACAUUCUCACGAAGAAUAAGUGGAGCCCGUUGGAGGUGGAUCGUGAGCUGGCACAGAUCUUUGAGCGCAAGGAGAUCGGCAGCCGCUCCUCCCUCAACACCUGGUCAACCGUGGAGGAGUUCCAGCGAACGCCAUGGUACCGGCGCUACAAGCCAACGGAUGACACAGCGGCCAAGUACAUCUCAUACGAGGCAAUGAAGCUCCUCGAGAGUGCCUUGAUUCCACCUUCACUGCGCGUGGACCCGUACGCUCACCUGCGCAAGCGGCAUAUGGAGGACAACUGGAUGAACGACAAGUUCUCCGAGGACUCGGCCAAGUACAUCACACGUGCGGGGCUGGCGCAGCACACGAAAGGGAUGCCGCAGUACGGACAAAUGAGCCGCCGUAAGUACAUGGAGUUCGAGAGGAAGUUCCGGAAUAUGCAGGGAUCCAACAUGCACGUGAAUGAAAUAUACUCCGCCUGGCUCAGCUCGUUGGAUGACAAGAAUCGCGAAAAGCGCCAAGAUGAAUGA